AUGGUUUCAGCCAGUCGUCACUUCCGGUUCCGGCUAAGUGACAGGCCCCGGAAUCCGCAGAAACCCCUGAGAUACCGGGACCGGGAGAUGAGAUGACAACGUCAACCCUGCAGAAAGCCAUCGAUCUGGUGACCAAGGCCACAGAGGAGGACAAAAACAAGAACUAUGACGAGGCCCUGAGGUUAUACCAGCAUGCCGUGGAGUAUUUCCUGCAUGCCAUUAAGUAUGAAGCUCAUAGUGACAAGGCCAAAGAGAGCAUCCGAGCCAAGUGCAUGCAGUACCUGGAUCGCGCAGAGAAACUUAAGGAUUAUCUAAAAACAAAGGACAAGCAAAGCAAAAAACCCGUGAAGGAGUCGCAGAAUGAGAAGGGAAGUGACAGUGAUAGCGAAGGUGAAAAUCCAGAAAAAAAGAAGCUACAGGAACAACUAAUGGGUGCCAUCGUCAUGGAGAAGCCAAACGUCCGGUGGAAUGACGUGGCAGGGCUGGAAGGAGCAAAGGAAGCUUUGAAAGAGGCUGUGAUUUUGCCCAUUAAAUUCCCCCAUCUGUUCACAGGAAAACGCACACCCUGGCGCGGCAUCCUGCUCUUCGGACCUCCGGGAACAGGAAAGUCCUAUCUGGCCAAAGCUGUAGCAACGGAAGCCAAUAACUCCACGUUCUUUUCUGUGUCCUCCUCUGAUCUGAUGUCCAAGUGGCUGGGAGAGAGCGAGAAGCUGGUGAAAAACCUGUUUGAGCUGGCGAGACAGCACAAACCGUCCAUCAUAUUCAUUGAUGAGGUGGACUCGCUGUGCGGCUCUCGGAACGAGAACGAGAGUGAGGCUGCCAGGAGGAUCAAGACCGAGUUCCUGGUGCAGAUGCAGGGUGUCGGCAAUAACAAUGAUGGGGUCUUGGUUUUGGGAGCUACCAACAUACCGUGGGUGCUGGACUCUGCAAUCCGGAGAAGGUUUGAGAAGCGGAUAUACAUCCCGCUGCCAGAGGAGGCAGCCCGUGCCCAGAUGUUCCGGCUCCACUUGGGUAAUACGCCCCACAGCCUGAGCGAAGCUAACAUCCGAGAGCUGGCCAACAAAACCGACGGUUACUCAGGAGCCGACAUCAGUGUCAUUGUGAGGGACGCACUGAUGCAGCCCGUGCGCAAAGUGCAAUCAGCCACGCACUUCAAGAAGGUACGAGGUCCUUCCCGCACCAACCCUGGUGUUACAGUAGAUGACCUCCUAUCGCCGUGCUCUCCUGGAGAACCUGGGGCUAUUGAGAUGACUUGGAUGGAGGUUCCCAGUGAUAAGCUGCUGGAGCCUGUAAUCUGCAUGUCUGAUAUGCUGCGGUCUCUGGCUACCACCCGGCCCACAGUCAACUCAGAAGACCUGUGGAAAGUGAAGAAAUUUACAGAGGACUUUGGGCAGGAAGGAUGAGGUGCAGUGGGCACCGUGAAGGGAGGGGGGGCAUCGUGUUUGCUUGCUUAUAUUUAAGUGCCCCUACCGGUAACAUCGCAGGAAUCUGCAGGCUCUGGCCACCCUCUCCUAUAUUCAGGACUUUUACCCUCUCCUAGGGCCCUGCACCAAAGGGGAGGCUCCACCCACCUUCAACAAGCUCCUGUCUCUGAGGUUUACAUUCAUUUGCCAUCAGUCACCAACCCCCCCCAAUGUGACUGCCUCCCCCCAACCAAACUGCAGGAACCUCCUGCUCUCCUUGCCUGACUUGCAGUGACAACUGACUUCUAAUUGGCUGUAAAUUCCCAUUCUCCUUCUGUCCCCCCUGGGAGCACAGGCCCCGCUCCCGCUGGUAUCUGACGUGUGCAUUACUGGGGAUGAGUGUGCAGCUGUGUAAAUAUAUCCUCUCAUGUUCUCUGUCUGAUACUCGUUAUUAAAUAAAACUGCUGACAGUUA